AUGAGUUUCGAAGAUAAUACGCGAAAAGUUCAACGUGCACUUCUAGACGAAGUUCUUAUAAAGGGAAUACAACGAAAUGAGGAACAGUGUAAAAUAUGGAUGGCCUACAAAAAAGGUCAUGAAAAAGUUGCAAAAGCACUACAGACAUUUGAAAAAGAUUUAUAUGUAAAUUGUAUGGUUCCAAUUGGAAAACGAGCCCUAAUAAAAGGGAAAUUAAUUCAUACCAAUGAAGUGCUUGCUUGUUUGGGUGGUGGAUACUUUGCAAAGUAUACCGCUGCUGGUGCAGCAGCUCUUUGCGAGAGAAGAAUAGAAAGAAGUGAAGAAAUGUUAAAACAUUUAAACACAGAAAGAGAUUUAUAUGAAACUAGGAUUAUGUUAUCAGAGAAUGAUUUCUUCAAUGAUUGUGCUGGUAGAGAUAUUGUGGAGCAUUGGAACGAGAAUGAAAUAACAGAAUGGAAAAAAAAGCAUAGAGAAAUGGAAAGGAAGUACCAUCAGAAACUAGCUAAACUUAGGCAGGAAGAAAGGAAAAAGAUAGAGACAGAAGAAGAUUUAUUUGAGAGACUUGAUCAACUUGAAAUUGAGGAGGAGUUAGCAGAUGAACUUAAUAGAUUAAAGGAAGAAGGGUACGAAUAUUUUGGAGAGGAAUUUGAAGAAGAAGAAUACUUAUAUGAAUCAGAAGAAUCCUCUGAGUGUGUAGAAGAAGAAGAACUCUGUAAAUCAGAAGAGUCCUUGAGUGUAAAAGAAGACGAUUCUAAGGAACAACCUGAAGAUGUUGUCCAAACUUGUAAAAUUAAAAAAUCAGUCUCAUUUGCAGAGCCAGAAGAUAGUUUAAAAAAAAAAGAAGAUAAUUUGGCAAAGAAACAAAAAGAGUGCAGCAAAACCACAGAAAAUUCAGAUGAUAUCUUGUGGAUAGAAUUUACUCACUCUGAAAAUAAUCCAGCUGCAGUGUCAGAUGGAAAUUCGAUAGAGACACCAGCAGAUAUUUGUAGAAUAUUUUCAAAGCCUAAAUCUAUUUUAAAAAGAUCACCAAAUGAUCUCAAUCCUGAGCAAGCUCCUCCACCUGAAUAUAGCACAGAAGAAGAAGAAGAAGAGGAAGAGGAAGAGGAAGAGGAAGAGGAAGAGGAAGAGGAAGAGGAAGAGGAAGAGGAAGAAGAAACUAUUAAACCUUCAGCUUAUGAAAUUGUGGUGAAAGAUAUUCAAGAAAGAAAUGUAACAGCGGUCGCAAGCAACAGUAUGGAAAAUAAAGAAGCAAGCAAAGAUACACGGCCAGUUAGUAAAUUCAAAAGAGAUCGUCAGUUGAAAAAAUAG